AUGGACAGGUGUGAAUCCGAGCUCUGUCUCCUUGACAACGACCUCUUAGAAAACACAGCAAACACUUUCAACAGAGAUAGCGAAGAUGCUAGAUCGUCGGGCUAUGAAUCUUGUGACUCACUCACCCCGCCGCCGUCACCGCCUUCAACUCCAUCCUCCAAAGUCAGGGCGUCAUCUGGUGGCAAAAGGGAGGUAAUGAUGUACAGCAACAUGGCCGACCUGUCGGAAAGUCUGCAGUACAUUACCAGCAUGCCGGAUUUGUGUGACGUCACCUUUCUUGCUGGAAACCGACAGCUUCCUGUUCAUGGAGUUAAGGCAAUCCUGGCUACCAGGAGCAGGGUCUUCUAUCAGAUGAUUUUGCAGCACCAGAGGAAGGUCACCGAGUCGGUGAAACCCAAAUCUCGACUGACAAUGAGAGCCAAGUCAACUGUUAGUCUUCACAGCAAACUCCAGAUCCCAGUCCCAGAUUACGACCAUGAAGUCUUCUCCAGCCUUGUCAAUUUCUUACACUCAGGUCGUGUCAGAGUACAACUUGGGACAGUCACAGGUUUAUUCUGUGCUGCCAUAGAAUUUGGACUGAAAGAUCUGCAGAAGGCAUGCUGGGACUUCUUGAAACGGUGUGGAGGCGAAGAUCAGAAGAGAGCAUUGAUGGCGUCAACACAAAACUAUCUCAAGAAGAAGGGAGCUCAGAAAAUCUUGACCCUCUUGUGA